AAGGAGGAAUGCGAGGAGGGCUAUGGAUAUGGAGACGCCGCAACACCCGCAACCUGAUAUUGACGGAUAUUUUUCUAAUGAAAGCAAUGACGAAGAUGGUAGCCCGAGGAGUCUGUCCGGUGUUGCCAGAAGAUGUGAGACCGUGAACACCUUGGUAUCGUUACUUUGGUGGUUGCUUGGCUUUUAUUGGGUCAUGGCUGGUGGUAACCUCCUCCUGCAGAAUGCUCCAUCUUUAUACUGGCUGGCUGUCGUAUUUCUGGCAUUUGAUGUGUUCUUUGCCAUCUUUUGUGUUGUUUUGGCAUGUUUGAUUGGAAUAGCUCUCUGUUGCUGCUUGCCUUGCAUUAUAGCUAUUCUUUAUGCUGUUGCAGGCCAGCAGGAAGGUGCAACUGAGGCAGAUUUAAGUACUCUUUCUAAGUAUAGAUAUCAAGUAUCCAACAAUCCUUCUCCCGGGGACGGGUUGAUGGUUCCAAUAGAAACAAGCAGCCGAUACUUGACGACUGAACAUGUUCUAUUACGAGAGGAUGCGGAGUGUUGUAUAUGUCUUAGUUCAUACGAGGACGGAGUCGAGCUUCAUGCUCUUCCCUGUAAUCACCAUUUUCAUUACGCGUGUAGCACAAAAUGGCUGAAGAUGAAUGCAACCUGCCCUCUGUGCAAGUAUAACAUAUUAAAAAACUGUGAACCCGUGUAACGCUGUAGAUGAAACGAUGCAACGAGUUCCUGGUAUGUUUGCCAUCCUUGUAUCUACAUAUAGAUCAGUUCAUCCUGGUUGAUCUCUGUUGUAUGUAAUCAGUCAACUGAUGUGAUCUGUAGCAACAAUUAUGAAUAUCUUUUUAGUCAAUGUGUUCAGAUUAUGAGUUUAAAAUUUAUGAUUCAACUUCUAUCAUUCUCUUCCCAUUUA